CUCUUCACUUGCAGUCUCAUUCACCCAGACAUGAGUUGUUCACUUUACCCCUUGCACAACACGUUUAAUUUUCCAGGCCCCAUGGAAAGCUGAAGAGAACCUCUGAUUUCAGCAACAUGAGGCUCAAAUCAUAUCACAUGCAGCAACGGUCAACAACAGAAAAUCUAUGGCACACUCCGCAGUGCCUUGGACAGCGUAACUUCAAGUCUCAGCUAAGCUGCCUCACUGGACGCCGCUCAAUGGAACAGAAGAGGUCCAAGCACAGGUUCCAUUCCUGCCUGAUGUUUUGCCUGAAGGAGCGAGUUAGGAUGGAGCAGAGACGGCCUGCAGCCGAGAGCAAGCUGGACAGCACGGAGAGCAAGCUGAGGGAACUGGCCCUCAAAUGGUUCACUGAGACACAAGCUCCACUCAUCCUCCACGAAGGAAACUUCCCUGCGUGGUUUCAGGGCUUCAUCAGCAGAAAGGAUGCAGAAGAUCAUCUGAGAGACAAAGAAGUGGGCUGUUUCCUCAUUCGCCUUAGUGACAAAGCCACUGGAUAUAUUCUCUCAUAUCGAGGACGCGACCGGUGUCGGCACUUUGUCAUCAACCAGAAUAAGGAGGGGCAGUUUAUCAUAACGGGAGACACUGAGAUGCAUGAUACGCUUACCAGCCUGAUCAAGUAUUACAAGAGCAGGCCCAUUGAGCCAUUUGGGGAAUAUCUGACAAUGUCUUGCUUCGAGUCAUCAACGAGUGAUCUGUAUGAUGUAGUGCAGUUUGAGCCGAAGGGUAAGCCAGGAGUGAAUGUCAAGGCAGCAAGGAGCAUGUGGGGCCAGCACACUGAACAGCCAGCCAGUCAGCCUCAACAGCCUCCAGCAGUGCCAUCCAGGGGCAACAGAACCACACAAGCGGUCCCUCCGGUUCCAAAAAGAACCACAGCGCACAAGAUGAGCUCACUGGAGGAGAACAGCUCUGAGGGAAAGGUUCUAUAUGCCCAGCUGGAACAGCCAAAGCCCAAGGACAAGGAGAUUGAGCCUAGAACUCCAUGGGUGAACGACAGAUGUGCACCCCAAGCGUCUGGCCCGCAGAGGGUCCGAGCCCAGAGAAGACCUGCUCCGGGGCCAGGCACUAUAUACUCAGAACUCAACCUGUCGGACUGCAGGAGCAGAUCACUCCCCCUCCUGGAUGACAACACAAAGGAAGACAGUUCAUACAAGUUAAACACACCCUCGCCUAGCCCACCUCAGCUAUCACCUAACCUUCAGAUAGAUCAUACCAGGAGGCCCCCUGUUCACGCACCGCCAGGCCAGAGCCACAGUCUUGAUAAGCUACAUGAUAACUCUUUCUAUCAGUUGGCCGGCCAGCCUUCCAACUCCAGAGACACCAAGCAGGCUGUGACCAUGAAGAAAGAGCAGAACUGUAAUGUUACAUAUGCUGAAGUGUCUCGUGAACACAUACCGUCUCGUGAGCCAAACCGUUUCCACGCGGAAGAGAAUACAUAUGAGCAGAUUCCUGAACCAUGGCACACACCCAAUCUUAAAGGGUCCUCUGUGCACAGAAACACCUAUGAGACGCUAGAGGACUGCAAACCGAAGCCCAGUGAGUCAACAUGGGGCAUUAGGGGUGACAAAUGGAAAUGGUUGCUCCCGGAACACUGGAAAAAAUGACCUAUUCCUUACUUUCGAAACCAGCUGUAACAGAAAAACACACAAAAUAUGAAUUACACUAACAGUUAGAAAACAGUCAGUCAGUUUAAACACUUUAUUUAUGUCAUGCCUAUUUCUGAUAAAUUACAGUGAAAAUGUGUAUGUCUUCAUCUGAAGACAUUUGUUCUUAACUGUGUAGAAUUAUU